UUCUGACCCAAAUGGCUCGUACCAAGCAGACUGCACUGAAAUCCACCGGAGGAAAGACGCCGAGGGUGAGCCUGGCGACCGUCGCCGCCCGCAAAUCUGCCCCGCCCACCGAAAGAGUGAAGAAGCCCCACCGUUACAGGCCUGGCACUGUUGCUCUGAGGGAGAUCCGCAAGUACCAGAAGAGCACUAACCUUCUCAUCCCGAAGCUUCCAUUCCAGAGGCUGGUCAAGGAGAUCGCUCUAAACUUCAAGGCUGAUUUCCGCUUCCAGAGCAGCGCCGUCUGGGCUCUUCAAGAGGCCGCAGAGGCGUAUUUGACGGGCUUGUUCCAAGACACCAACCUCUGUGCCAUUCAUGCUAAGAGGGUGACAAUCAUGCCCAAGGACAUUCAACUAGCCCGCAGGAUUAGAGGCGAGAGUUUGAUUACAUGCAUAUGUGAGCUAGGUUUUCAUAUCCAGAUGGCUCGUACCAAGCAGACUGCAAGGAAAUCCGCCGGUGGCCCGCCAAGGAAGUUCGCUACCAACGCCCAGCCAAGGGAGUUCUCAACCAUGGCUGCCCUCAAAUGUUGCCCGAUCACCGCCGGCAUCAAGAAGCCCCACAGUUACAGGCCUGGCACUGUUGCUCUGAGGGAGAUCCGCAAGUACCAGAAGAAUACUGACCUUCUCAUCCCGAAGCUUCCAUUCCAGAGGCUGGUCAGGGAGGUUGCUCAGAACUUCAAGGCUGAUCUCCGCUUCCAGAGCGACGCUGUCGACGCCCUUCAAGAGGCCGCCGAGGCGUUCCUGGUUGGGUUGUUCGAGGACACAAACCUCUGCGCUAUUCAUGCCAAGAGGGUGACCAUCAUGCGGAAAGACCUUCAACUGGCUCGUAGGAUUAGGGGUGAGAGGAAUUAG